AUGCCGCGAAAACGUACCAGAGAUGAGAUGGAGGUCUCUGAGGUUGAAGAGAAGAAACAAGAGCCGUCCCUCCUCCAGAGGAUACGGAAUAUGUGGGAAUUUGCCUCCGUCAUGCAGUUCAUCUUCUUCUUUGGCAAGGUUAUCAAAAUCGACGAAGACUUUGACAUCGAGGAUUUUGAGAACGAGUGCCUGAAGCCGGGCUAUUCGGAAAAAUUGGAGGAAAUCGGCCUCACCCUUCUCAAAUGGAUCUCAUCUCAUAGGGGUCUAAAUUACGACAUCUGGGAUGAAUACACUCGUCGGCAGUACCUAGCCAAGGCUCCCCAUCUGAACCCUUACGGUGAUGCGGAAGAGCCCAAGCGGUUUCGAGACUUUGACAUAUUCACAAAGAUUAGGAUCCUGCAUCAGCUCUCAAUAUGGACAUUUUGGAACCCCGACCGUAUAAGGGAGAAGAUGACGGAGCAUCCUCGCGAGAAUGAUCAGACUGAAUGGCGCAUUGAAGAGUUUGGCUACGACCGCCAUGACCGCCAAUACUACCUUCUCGACGACAACCGCUUCUACCGACGAACUGAGCCUCCGUUGCCCCGAGCUCCGAAGGCAAAACCUAAAGCAAACUCCAAGAAAGCCAUCGCUGCUAGACGACGUGAGAGCAAGAGGCGAAAGUUAGAAGCCGAAGCCGCCGCGGCGGUCAGCGAUGCCGACGAGGAGAAUGAGGAGAACACCGAGGAGAUAGAACUCGUUGAAGAGAACAAGCGUGAGCCCUGGGAAAUCGACACCUUUGAUGGUUUCAAGUGGGAAUGCCUCUGCAUCACCCUUGGCGAUUAUCAGGAGCUAUGUGAAACACUUAAGAAAUCGAAAGACCCAAAUGAGAAAGCUCUACGAGAACGGCUGGUGGAGGAGGUCAUACCUGUUAUUGAAGCCGCCGAGGAGAGACAACGUCGUAAGAUAGAGCGCCGUGAGCGGGAACUACUGAUGAUGGAGAGAAUGGUCGGCGCCAAGCGGUCAAGUCGGUUAGCGGAUAAGCAAGAGCGAGAAAAGAAAGAAGCCGAACAAGCUGAGGCCGAAAAGAAGCGACACGCUGAUCUAGCCGCCGCCCGCCGUGAGCAAGAAAGACAAGAGAAGAUGGAGCAAGAAAGACAAUACCGCAUGAUGACCCGAGAACAACGAAUCAAGGAUCGCGAGCUCAAGCGACUGCUCAAGGAAGAAGAGCUUGCCAGAGACGAGCUCGAACAGAAACGUAUUGAGGAAGGCGAAGCCAGAGGAUCUGAUCGAGCCCUCAAGCAACGAAUGGAGCGGAACAAGAAGGAGCUCGAGGAACUCGAGGCUGAGGAGGACUGGACCUUCGACUGCUCCGGUUGCGGAAAACACGGCAAGAACUUCGACGAUGGAUCUCACAGUAUUUCGUGUGAGAGGUGCAACGUCUGGCAACAUAGCAAAUGCCUGGGCAUCUCCAAAUCGGCCGCAGAGAAGGAUGACUUUCACUUCAUCUGUAAAGAUUGCAGACGCAAAGAAGAAGAUGCGAAGAAGCCCAAGAUUUCUCUCAAGUUCCGUGUGGGGGCAUCAUCCUCUCCAGUCCCACCAAGUCCUGUUCCUGCCACGUCCAAGGCCGUUGCCGUCGAGGUCCCUACCCAACACAUUGCUCAGUCGUCCAGUCAAGGGGCAAUGACAAAUGGUCAUCAAUAUUCACCACCAAACCAGUUAGCCAGUCCCUCUCGGCCCCUCCAAUCCGGGCAGAUGAAUGGCGCCAGUCCUCAGCCCCGUGUCGCUCCAACUCAGCCAAUGUCUGGUCCUGCUCAACACGAGCUGGCAUCAACGAAUCCUCGGCAUCAGCAGGGCUACACCAGCCGUCCCAUACAGCCUUAUCCUCCGGGGAUGAGCAAUGGUACGGCUAGAAGCCCGCCGUCUCAGGGUCAAGGGAACUAUCAAUUCAUUUACAACAACCCUCAAUAUCCAUACCAAAACUCUGCAGGGCAGAGGCCAUUGGCGCCCUCGCCUAUGCCCAAACAUCCACCACAAAACUCGGGCACACAGCCAAUGUCGAAUAGCGGACGUCUCCCUUCUCCUGUGAUCAAUCGCCCCACGAUGUCGCCCACGCAGGGAAACAUGGACGUCGGGCCAGUGGCAGGGAUUCCUCAGAAGCCUGCCCAGUUUCAUCAACAGGCCGCGAAUAGUAUCUAUACCCCUGCCAACGGCGCAUCCUCACAGUUGCAGGGUACUCCUCGGCCAACUUCCCAACAUCCGUCUCAAUCUGCUCAGACACCCAUUUCCAGAGCUCCGACUUACCCACUCUCGGGCCUUUCGCCCAAGAAGCAACAAACUCCUGGCCCACUCCCACCACUCUCGGCCGCCAGUCCUCAGAAUUCGAAUCCCGCCUCAUCGCCGACUACGUCGACGUCAUUUCAGCCGACAUUGUCUCCCGCCGGUAUCAGCGGAACUAAACUUCCCUCGCCUGCUCCAUAUCCUGGCGAAAAGCGGACUGUCAGCGGGACGCCCAUUCUUCCACCUGUUGAAAAUCUUCGACCCAGCCCAGAACAGUUGAGGAAUAUGAGUUCCACAGAACCAGUACCGACACCGAGCAAGCAGUCCCAGCCCCAAGGCCAAGCUCAGGCACAGGCGCACUUCCCCGGCCCAGCUAGAAAUGAGCUUCAAGGAGGCAAGCAAACCGAUAUCGAAAGUAGUGGAGCCGCUGGACCUCCAGAACCGACCAGAAACGAGAACGGAGUGAAGACGAGAAUUUAUCCGAAUCCGGGAUCCCAACAAGAGCAGGAGCAGGGGACGGACAAUGCUCCCCCACCAGCAGUCACGAGAGACGUUGAGAUGCAAGAUGUAAAAUGA